AUGGAAGGGGAGUGUCUAUGCAAAGCUGUCAAAGUGAAAGUCAACGAUGACAACCUAUUCGGCACCCAGCGAAGAGGUCAUCUCUGCCACUGCGCCAACUGCCGCAAAGUUGCGGGUGGGAUCUUCGGGGCCAAUCUGACCAUUGAAGAAGAGAAAGUCGAAUUUCCCAAUGGCAAAGGCAACAUCAAAAUGUACAGCGACCCAGAAACGCUCAGCGGGACGCCAGUCCAAAGAUACUUUUGCCAGACCUGUGGCGUGCCCAUCAUGAGCAUCACGCCCCUGUACAAAGGGAAAAUCAUCCUCAAGCUUGGAAUUUAUCCCAAGCUUCCUGUGCCGGAAUGGGAAUCUUUUGCUUCCCAGAGGCAGGCAUGGGAGAAACCACUCGAUGGGGCCAUACAGUACAAGACCAAGCACAAUCCCAUCUCUACAUUUACCUGGAAUACGCAUCUGAUCUUAUCCCCUUUGUCUUCACCCCGUCCCACCACGUCCUCAGCAUCCACCACAAUCCAUUCGCUGACCAUUGACCCGACCGGGCUGGUCGUGCUGUGA